UACACGUUAAUUUCACGAGCAGGCUGUUCCGUUGAUUCGGAUCAACCGGAACCCUCGUCGUCGUAACUGACGGAGUGCUUCCCCCAUCUGCAAUGAUGCCAAGUCGUGUGCCGGGAAACGGCCGCAGAGUAGAAUAUAAUAUCACAUCAUGUUGACGUUAAAGAAAUUUCUUCAUUUAGUCAUGCCUCUGAUAUUUUUAUUGACUUUCAUCAAUUAAAGGAAGACCAUAUAUUAAUAAGGCACAUUCAUCAACGCAUCAACUUCUUUGUAUAAAUGAAAUCUUCAACAAACGAUGGGAAAAUAUUUCUUCUGGACUCUGUAAUUAACAGAAACAUUUUUGUUUUCUUCACUGUCUGGAAUGUAGAGGAGAUCAUCAAUUCACAGAUUAAUUAAGCUUCGAGGAAUUAUUCUCUAAAAAUACUAUCCUUGUGAUAUGUAUGACAAUUUAUUCUCACAUAAUGAAUAAUUCCACUAAACCAAAAAUCCCUGAUAAAGGAGAGAAGCCAUAUCACUGUGAUGUCUGUGGAAAAUCAUUUUCUCAAAUUGCCAAUUUAACUAUUCACAAACAUAUUCAUACAGGAGAGAAGCCAUAUCACUGUGAUAUCUGUGGUAAAUCAUUCACUCACAGAAGUGCUGUAACUGUACAUAAACGUACUCAUACAGGUGAGAAACCAUAUCAAUGUGAUAUCUGUGGUAAAUCAUUCUCUCGCAGUUCAGACGUAACUAGACACAAAUGUACACGUGCUGGAGAAAAACCAUAUCACUGUGAUAUUUGUGGUAAAUCAUUUUCUCAAAAUGGCGAUUUAACUCAACACGAACGUACACAUACAGGAGAAAAAGGUACCUUGACUGAACACAAACGCACACAUAUGGGAGAAAGGCCUUAUCAUUGUGAUAUCUGUGGUAAAUCAUUCUCUAAACGUAAUGACUUGACUCGCCACAAACUUACACAUACAGGAGAAAAGCCAUAUCAUUGUGAUAUCUGUGGUAAAUCAUUCCCUCGAAGGAGUAACUUGACUGUACACAAUCGUACACAUACAGGAGAAAAGCCAUAUCAUUGUGAUAUCUGUGGUAAAUCAUUCUCUCAAAGAGGUACCUUGACUGAACACAAACGCACACAUACGGGAGAAAAGCCUUAUCAUUGUAAUAUCUGUGAUAAAUCAUUUUCGCAUAGGAGUAUUUUGACUAGACACAAACGUACACAUACAGGAAAAAAGCUAUAUAAUUGUGAUAUCUGUGAUAAAUCAUUCUCGCACUUAACUGUAAAUGAAUACAUUCCUACAGAAGAGAAGCCAGGUCAGAGUGACAUCUGUGCUAAACCAUUCUCUUGA